AAUGCCAGGAUCUGCAGAAGACGCGAGGUUUCCGGGAAAGCAGCACCGCCCUUUGGAGUGGCCAGCCGCUCGCUAUAAAAGAUGUGCGCGCCCCUGGGGCACAGCCUGCGCCCGGCGAACCUCCCCAGCUCCACGUUCCUAGGUUCGCUUUGCCUAGGUCGCCAUGGUUCCCAUCGCCGCCCGAGCCGCGCUGCCGGCGCUCCUGGCCCUGCUUGGGGCUCUGCUCCCAGGGCCUGGAGGUGCCCAAGUAUCGGUGUACCCCAAAGAUGCCAUCAUACCCCGAGGAGGCUCCAUGCAGGUGAACUGCAGUACCUCCUGUGAUGCAGCUGCCUACAUGGGUCUGGAGACUUAUUUGACCAAGACCGAAGUGGACAGGGGGUUCAACUGGGUGACCUAUGAACUUAGUGACAUACAAAACAGCACCACUCCGAUGUGCUUCUCCAACUGUCACGAUAAGCAGACGAGGGCUUCAAUGUCUCUCACUGUGUACUGGUUCCCAGAGCGUGUGGAGCUGGCAUCCCUGCCCCACUGGCAGCCUGUGGGUGAAAACCUCAUCCUACACUGCCAGGUGAAGGGAGGGGCGCCCCGGACACACCUCUCUGUGAUGCUGCUCCGAGGCGAGGAGUUGCUGAGCCGGCAGCAUGCAGCGGAGGAGACUGCUGAGGUCACGGCCACCGUGCUGGCACGCAGAGAGGACCACGGCGCUAACUUCUCCUGCCGCACAGAACUGGACCUUCAGUCCCAAGGGGUGGGACUGUUCCAGAACAAUUCAGUCCCUAGGCAGCUCCGAACCUUUGUCCUGCCAAAGGCCCACCCACUCCUUCGUACCCCCCGGAUCAUGGAAGUGGGCACACAGUGGCCUGUGAACUGCACCCUGGAUGGGCUGUUCCCAGCCUCAGAGGCCCAGGUCUCCUUGACACUGGAGGGCCAGAGGCUGGAACCCACAAUCAAGUACAGCAAGGACUCUCUCUGGACCACUGCCUGGGUCAAGGUGACUCCAGGGGAGGAAGGCAUCAAGCAGCUGACCUGUGCAGUGAUACUGGGAAACGAGAGUCGGAAGACUUGGGAGAACGUGACCUUCUACAGUUUCCCAGCUCCCAACCUGACCCUGAGCAAGUCUGAGGUCCCCGAGGGGACUAUGGUGAGUGUGGACUGCAAGGCCCAUGCUGGAGCUGUGGUGACGCUGAGCAGUGACCCAGCUAGGUCUCCAGCCAUGAGUAUCCCAUUCAUGCUGAAUGCCAGUGCUGAGGACAAUGGCCGUGACUUCUUGUGUUCUGCUGCCCUGGAGGUGGCUGGGAAGGUGCUGCACAAGAGCAAGAACCAGAAGCUCUCUGUCUUGUAUGGCCCCCGACUAGACAAGGAGGAUUGCCUAGGAAACUGGACUUGGCAGGAAGGCUCCCCACAGACCCUGAGGUGCCAGGCCAGGGGGAACCCAACCCCCAAGCUGGACUGUCACCGGAAAGGGGAUGGGGCUUUGCUUCCCAUCGGGGACCUGAGGCCUGUCAUGCGGAGUAUUUCGGGCACUUACGUGUGUCAUGCCACCAGCCAUCUCGGUGCGGUCACCCGUGAAGUGGUUGUGAACGUGAUCUAUCACCAGAAUGAAAAAAUGGCCAUCAUCAUUUCCGUGGCAGCUCUAGUCAUCUUGAGCACUGUGGGCACAGCCAUUUACCUCUAUAACCGCCAGCGGAAGAUCAGGAAGUACAAACUACAGAAGGCCCAGGAGGCAGCUGCCAUGAAGCUGAACACGCCACCCUGAGCCUGUCCCUGGACAGGGCCUCCACUGGUCACAGCGGUGCUUCAUUGGAACAGUGGCAUACAUAUGCCAUUCAGCAGCAUCAACCUUCCUAGAAUGCCAGAGGACAGGAUAGAGGCCUCAGUCAGAAUAGACACCAUUUAGGGUCAUGGCACCUGCACACUCAGGACUCAUGCCUGACCUGUAGCCACAGAACUGAGCCAAGACUCGGGGCCAAGACUAGGGGCAUGACUGUUAGGGAUGUCAAAGGCUGACCUGGCCAGAGGGGUGUAAUGGAGACAUAUACCUCCGACAUGGGGACACCCAUCUGGAAAACAUUGAAACUCACCCCCUACUGCAUGUGCCAAGGCCCUACAGUCAUAAGAGAGAGUGGCACUGACCACAUACAGGCGGCAUCAGAACACAAAUUCCCACACAGCUCUGGCAGUGCUAUCUACUGACCGGUCCCAGCUCUUGAUGAUGACAUAUUUAUUCAUUUGUUCUUUUACCAGUUAUUUAUUAGUGCCUUUUAUGUGCAGUGGAAUGGUAAACAAGAGGAACAGAAGUUCCUGCCCUCAGGAAGCUCUGUCUAAUCUCAUUCAGGGCCACCAGGUACACUUGUAUUGGCUGUGCACUGCACAGCAAAAAGACCAAGCAGGGUGGAAUUUCCCACUCCAUUGGCCAAACUGCUUUCCCCUAGAAGGGGACUAGAAAUUUGACAUUGUUUAGCUGGUGACAUGCUCAGGACAACUCAUGGAGUUCUUAACCCCCAGCGCUGGUGCUGACCUCUGUUAACCACCUCUCCACCCAUAUGCAUCUCUGCCAGUGCUCACAAUGACACAUGGUGGCAUGCUUAAACAUGAGUGUCCACUUCUUGAUAGCUAAACCACAGGGUUCCACGAAACUAUGCCCAAUCCGUGUGCCCCUGCUUUGUCCUACCUGUUUCCAUUUCAUUGGGACCAUGUUGAGAACAGAACUUAGCUCCAAAUUCCUGAGGGCCCUGCAGACAGUGGGGGUAGGACCGACUUCCAGUUCCAGAAGCCCCUCCUUGGAUUAAUAAAGCUUUUUCAUUGG